AGUUGUCAGACCGAUUUGUUGUGCGUUUUGUCCGUUGAUUGGCACCGAUUUCCAACGCGCCAGCUGCAGACAUGCCCGGGAUAGAGAAGCUGCCGAUAGAGGAGACGCUGGAGGACAGUCCGCAGACCCGCUCUCUGCUGGGAGUGUUUGAGGAGGACACUGCAGCGAUCUCCAACUACUGUACACAGCUCUAUCAGGCCAUGCAUAGGAUUUAUGAUGCACAGAAUGAGCUCAGUGCUGCAACACACCUGACCUCCAGGCUGCUGAAAGAGUACGACAAACAGCGUUUUCCUCUAGGGGGCGAUGAUGAGGUGAUGAGCUCCACUCUGCAGCAGUUUGCAAAAGUCAUUGAUGAGUUGAGUUCCUGCCAUGCUGUCUUGUCCACCCAACUUGCAGACGCCAUGAUGUUUCCCAUCACUCAGUUUAAAGAAAGAGAGCUGAAGGAGAUCCUCACUCUGAAAGAAGUCUUCCAGAUAGCCAGUGAUGAUCAUGACACAGCCAUUAAUCGAUACAGCCGCCUGUCCAAGAAGAGGGACAACGACAAGCUGCGGGCCGAGGCAGUGGAGGACGUCUACACCUCUCGCAAGAAACAGCACCAGACCAUGAUGCACUACUUCUGCUCACUUAACACGCUACAGUACAAGAAGAAAACAGCUCUGCUGGAGCCACUGCUGGGCUACAUGCAGGCCCAGAUCAGUUUCUUUAAGCUGGGGUCAGAAAAUCUUACCCAGCAGUGGGAGGACUUCCUGGGAACCAUAGGAACCAGCGUCCAGAAUGUCCGUCGGGAGAUGGAGGAGGAGGUGGGGCAGAUGCAGCAGACCAUCCAGCAGAUGGAGAUAUCAUGUGACUCGCUGUAUGCACCGUGUGACCCUGACCCCGCCCACUCACCUGUCUGUCGCAACCUGACCAGGAAACAGGGCUACCUGUACAUCCGCAAUAAGACGGGUCUGGUGUCGACCUCCUGGGAGCGUCAGUACUUCUUCACGCAGGGCGGUAACCUGAUGCAGCAGGGCCGCGGCGAGGUGGCCGGCGGGCUGGUCACAGACCUCGACAACUGCUCCGUCAUGGCGGUCGACAGUGACGACCGCCGCUUCUGCUUCCAGGUCACAUCCUUCGACGGCAAGAAAGUGGUGACGCUGCAGGCGGAGAGCAGGAAGGACUGUGAGGAGUGGAUCUCCACCAUAAACAACAUCUCCAAGAGGAUCUACCUGAGCGAGAACGCAGAGGAGCUGGCGGCCAGAGUGAACCAAUCAGCUAUCGAAGCUGUGACGCCAUCACCAUCCUUCCAGCAGAGACACGAGAGCAUGAGACCUGGCAGUAAAGGGCGUGCGGGCCGAGCGAGCAGUAUUAGCUCCGUGGGGUCCGAGCCAUCGCCUGCGCUUUCUGUGCUCUCAUUGGACGCGCUGGUUGCCCCGGAAACACCAAUCCAGUUUGACAUCAUUUCCCCAGUCAGCGAGGAAAACUCAGGACAGAGCAAGACAGCAGCACAGUCCGGCAGAAGGAGUAAUCCAUUUGGAGAGACGGGAGACACCACUACAGAAGACAGUGAAGACUCGAUCCUCCACCAGCUCUUCAUCGUUCGCUUCCUGGGCUCCAUGGAGGUGAGGAGUGCCGAGUCAGCAGAUGUCAUCUCUGAGACCAUGAGACAGAUCCUGGCCGCCAGAGCCAUCCACAACAUCUUCAGGAUGACCGAGUCACACCUGCUGGUCACCUGCGACUGCCUCAAGCUUAUUGAUCCUCAGACACAGGUCACACGACUCAGGUUCCCUCUGUCCAGUGUGGUUCAGUGUUCGUCCCAUCAGGACAACAAGAGGCUGUUUGGCUUCGUUUUGCAGUCAGCAAGUGGGCGGGGUGACAGCCGAGCCGUCUGCUACAUUUUCGAGUCCAACAACGACGGAGAGAAGAUCUGUGACAGUAUCGGUCUGGCGAAGCAGAUAGCCUUCCACUCUGAGAUGGACCGUAAGGCGGUGGAGAAGAGGAAGGAGCAGGACAAGGCCAAAGAGAAGCAGCAGGAGGAACUCAGCAAACAGAGACAGAUAGAGAAGGAUCUGGAGGAGCAGAGCCGUUUGAUCGCCGCCUCUAGUCGCCCUGCCAACCCGCCUGCCCCUGACGGACAGUUCCUAGUGCUAAGCAACAGCCAAUCAGAGGACAGCGACGCUGGGGAGGAAGGGAAGAAGAGGGGCGAGUCUGAAGCCUAAUGACACGCACAGGAUGCAUGUUUUACCUCCCAGGCUGGUCCUAGCUGGUACUGUUGAAGCAGCAGCUCAGGAAUCAGAGGAGGGGAACACCACCUGCCCACCCGGGCUGCCUGGGACUGAAAAACAUGCGCUCCCUCUCUGCUGGACUCUGUUUGAAGUUUUAUGGUGGAGCCUGUCACUCUGAAAACGGAGGAUAAACUAAAUGCAACCACACUACAAGAGGAGGAGGAGGAGGGGGAGUGGCGAGGAAACAUCUCGCCACGGACUCGUGUUUUAUUCUGUGUGUAAAAACGCUGCUUUUUAUACCGGCUCCGCUUUCCAGAAAAGGACAAAAAAUAUAGAUUAACCUGUAAGUUUCUGUUUUAUAUGUUUAUUUUAUAAAGAAAAAAAAAAAAAAGAGCUAAGAAUAACGACAGAGGAUAUAAAGCAGAACACAAGAGGAAUAAUGAACCAGGAUCUGAAGGAGACGCCUGAGGGAACACAGAAUGCAGAUUUGGACGGUGUCAGUGUCUCUUGCUCAGGAGCACUCUGGCACUGAGGAGAUCCCAAAGGGCAACAGAGAAACCUCAGCUGUUUCCUCUGUCAGUGUUGUUGGUAAAACACGAGACAGACGAUGCUCUAAAACAAGAGAAGAAGAAGAAGAAGGAGACAGAGCGAGCAGGGAGUCUUAUUUUGAAGAGUACUUCCUGUUGUGAUGUGUUCAUCGGCUGACCUUUUUUCUUUCUUUUUUUUUGAAUGACCUCAUCUUCCUUCCAGACGGUCACUAGUUUUCGUUCAUUUCACCACAGGAUGAAGAAUAACGCCCAGUCUUGAGUCGGUAUUUUUUUGGUUUGUAGUUUUCAGAUGUUUUAAUUGACAAACAAUUAAUCUAAAACAUAAUCCGCAGAUUUAUUAAUAAUGAUAAUAAUAAUAACAAUAAUAGCGACAUUAUGACCACUUUAUUCAGGUCAACAAGACAGAGCCAGUGCAUCAAAAUUAAAACAGGUCGCAGGACUCUUCUCCACUACACCGAGCUUUAUUCCAGUUUCUUUAAAUAGAGUACAUUGAUCAGUCAUGUGAUCGAUAUUUCAAUAAACGAGUGGUGAAAGGUGCAGACAAACAUUUCUUGUGGGUUACACAACUCAAGCAAGUCUUGGUCUCUGUGAGCUGAUUUUCAGAGUUUACUCAAGACGAACUGAAAGCAGCGGCAGCGUGGACGGUGAAGAGGAACGGAUCCAGAAAUCUAAACCGUCAUCGAGUCAACGUAGAUUUGGUCAAAAGACUCUCGAGACGUCUAAAUUCAAAUUACGCUUCGCUGGGUUGGAUGUGACAUUUGGUUGCUGCUUCAAACUAAAUGCCAAAACGUAUUGUUCGUCGUUGUCAUCCAGAUAGACUCAGAUAUUCCUUUUUCAGUGCCUUGAUAAACAGUUAAAAAUCACUGGUACAAAAUGACCUGCCACCUCUGGUUAAAGGUUCGUUAAAUUUAGGCACAAGAACUUAAUUAAGGUCAGGAAUCGUCGUCGUGGGUAAAAAUAAAACCACUUCAGCUUUUGCUCCUGAGAGACUUGAGUCAUAAUUGAAAUGCACGUGAGGUAAACAUUGGUCAUAUUCUGAUGUUUUUCUGUUAAGGGCAUCUUCACAUUACAUUCAGUGUAACUGUAGUUUUACAUACUACUACACUCAAUUUUAAAUUCUAGUGGAGAUCCCAAAGCUUUCAAAAAUACCAAAUACUUCACGCUGUAAUGUAGGAAAAUGAUGCAUAAGACAUUUAAAAUAACAAGUAGGAGCUGCAACGAGCCAACAGUGGGGUCAGACGGUCUGAGAAGGUGGUCUCAGACUUUUUAAUCCCACUGAAUAUCUUACAGUUACAAGUUACCACUGAAUUGUAACUUAGUUGUCUAAAACAAAACUAACUUUUCAACCAAAUGUAGCCCAGAUGUCAGCAGGCGUUAGACUUAGUGACUGUGUGUGAUGUGGAAACACAGAAACAUACGUAGCAUUGAAGACUGGAACAGAAAGAUCACUCACAGCUGGACUCACUGUGUUAACAACAUGUCAGGUUUUUUGAGUUUGAGAUGUGACUUACCUGUCAUCAUAGUCGCUGUGAAUGAAACAUUUGGUUUCCCCUCGAGGUCAAAGGUCAACUCUGAUUCAGCAACAGUGAAAAUAUUCUAUGCCCAACAACUGAACAGCUUCAGUGCCAAUAUGAACUUUGUUCUUUUUCUGAAUCAUCAGCCGUCGUCAGUCCAGCAUCCUCUGCUUUUCAUGCACUUUGUACGCAGUGUGUUAUUAGCAUGUUGUCAUGACUGGAGCCAAAAGAAAGUCGUAUUUUGAAUUGAUGUAAUUUGAAGAGUUUCUCUGCAACUGCUGCCUCUUACAAAAUGAAUAAUUGCAUGAAAGUAACGCUCCUUAAUGAGAAAUAUUUACCGUUCACCAGUUAGAUUUUAGGCCACAAAGGUGAGCCAACGAUGCUUCGCUCUUGUCUUCGUCCGUUUGCCUAUUGAGAAACGUUGGUCUGACAUUGGGAAAAGUUGGAGAUCUGUCAACUAAAGCACAAACCUGAUCAAUCGGUCUCCUCACUUUUGCUGCUUCUGACGACAGUUUGAUAAAAGGAAGCUCAGAGUUUCUCUGUUUGGGGAAAAAAAAAAAAGAAAGUGGAAAGAAGUAAAGAUUUUGGUGUCAACUUUUGGUUUUCUCUGGUGAGCUGAUACAUUUUAUUCAUUCAGUAAACUGUGAAGAAAUGUCACAUUUUUGGCAUCUAGAUCUAUAAAAACGUAAGAACCAUGCCGACAUGCAGUCCUCCAUCUGCUCUGCCAAAUAACCAGCUGAGCCUGUGUGUCUCUCCUGACAUCACAGUGUUGAUCUGUGCUUUAACACAUGUUAAUCUGAAACAAUGCUAGGGGCCUUUUAUGCUUCUCACAGGUUUGAUUCAUUAAUCAGCGUUUAUUAUCCAGAGUGAUUGAUUAUCUGUAGGAAAAUGAAGUGAAUAAGCUUCAGUUUCAGGAUCAUAGACAUUGCAUGCACAACAGACAAAACCUCUUCAGUCGCCUGUGGGGAAGUUAACGGGGUGAAGACGUCUCUAAAUCAACUGUUACUAAUAAAAAUUUAUUUUUUGGUUGUUUUUUUUUUUUUUUUUUUUUUUGGGGAGGAUGUUUUCUUGCUGUAACCAGGUGAAGGACUCGAGUCGAUGGAGCUGCACUUUAACGACAGGAUCGACGACGUUGAACUGUAAAUACGUUUCAGUGAUUGAUGUUCCAGUGUCAUGAUUAAUAAAAAAGGCUUUUCAGUGAUAAAUAAAGCACUAACUCCACCCGCCUGAGUCAGUCUGCUGAUGUUUCCGGAUCAAACGAACCUCCUUGAGCUACAAGAGCUGCAGGGAGUUUUACAGGUGUAAAUCAAGAACAGAACUAAGUUGAUUUUUGUGUUUAUUUUCA